GAGUUUAUAGCUCUACCAGUAGCCACCAAAAAGGUAACCCGACAAAUCUUGGGAGCAUUUAAUACGAAUUUAUAGCUCUACCAGUAGCCACCAAAGAGGUAACGCAGAAGUGCCGACCGUCAAGAAUCGAACCCAGCUGCCAAGAAUCGAACCUAGGACCUCAUGGAUACAAACAUACAGUUUAACGCCCAUUAUAAGAGGAAGCUUGGCGAUCGUUUGGGAAAAGACCACGUAGUUUAUCCAGUGACCACCAGAUACGUCUAGUGGCUGUGGUUUGCAGAGCAAACGCAGCCACACCACCGGCCCAGCGCAGGAGGGCGAAGAGAAAAAGUGGGCGGCCUCCGUCCACAACUGAUAGUACUACUUACUCCCUUCGCCUGCUUCAUCAAUUUGCGUCAUUUUGGUAUAUAAACGCCAGGGUUUGUGAAAUUCAAUCCCGCGUCAGGAAAUCACUCACAAGGACAGAGCAAAUCAUGAUGUCCAUCGUAAGAAGCGCCACACUUCCCGUCACGCCUUCCUCUUCCUCCUCCUCGUCCUUGAAUCGCAACUGCCGGCGGCUUCCAGUGAUGAGAAUAGCUGCGGCAAAAUCGUCAGACGGGGAAACGACGGAAGAGGAGUCGGAGAAGGGAAAGAAGAAGAAGGCUAGCAAGCAAUCUCUGUUCACGUCAGUUACGGAUGCCCUCGAUUUCGCUCAGGUUCGAUCCGCCAAGGACGCCGAGCUGCUCGACGACGCCAGGGAGAGCACCCAGUCCGGCGGCAGGAUGAGCCGCGAACAGUAUGGAGCACUGAGGAGGAAAAUUGGAGGGACGUACAAGGACUUCUUCAAAUCCUACGUCGAGGUGGAAGGGGAGUACGUGGAGGAAGGGUGGGUGGACAAGACGUGCAAGAUCUGCAGGAAAGACACGAGGGGAGAGGCACGCCAGGUCGACAAAUUGGGGCGAUACGCUCAUGUGGCCUGCUUGCAGAACUCCGCUGCGAAUGGUGGAGGCAGCAGCACCAACCCUCUUGGGAAUUUCUUCACCAGGCUUUUCUCUGGCGGCCAGAGGUAGCGAAAGUAGGAGAGGAACAGGGAGAAUAUUACUGAAUGCACAAUGCAAGUGGGGGUUGUGUGACUACUGUCUUGUAUCAGUGUAUAGUGAGUGAAGCAUGGCCAAAGGUGUCGCAACCACCAUUUUCGCAGAAGUUGGUAUCACUAGGGAGAGCAGGUUGACCGCAACAAGUGGUUAAUCAAAACUCCAACACCUUACCUUAAAUAUGGUGUCAUCUGGGUUGAUCACUAUGUUGCACUAAUCAAUCAAGAACAGGGCGGGAAGACCCUUCUGGCGCAUUCUAUUAAGCUCAUUGCAAAAGUUGCAUUGUCCGGUUACAAUCAUAGAAUGUAUAUCUCUUACCUAAAUAUCCCAUUUGGUGUUGUGACUGUUUCUACGGAUAGUCUGAUUCAAACCAGACCACUAUAACUUCCAGUUUUCCCGAGAUAGUCUGAUUCAAAUCAUAUCAAUACUUGACACCCAAAGUAAACAAUCGAAUGAGAUUUGCUUUUUGAAAUGCUAAAGAAAUUGGGAUUGCGUCC